ACCCACUCCGCUGCUCGGGGGAUGUCAUGACGAGAUGCAUCUGUGAACUCCAAUAGAUGUGUGCAGUAAAUCUACUUGCAUCGUGUACUGCCCAAUAUUCAAAUUGCUUUCAAACCAUUCACCAUGGAGGGGAAGGAAAAGGACGAGACCACCAUUGGCGCCGCUCCUGAAGUGGACUCCCGCUCCGGCGAGAGCGCCUCUAUUCCCGGAGAUGGCGAGGGGAUCAGGCGUGACUUGGAGUCUCGGCAUAUCAACAUGAUUGCCAUUGCGGGAAUGAUUGGGACGGGCCUGUUCCUCAGUUCCGGUACAACUAUUGCCACGGCAGGCCCUGCCGGGGCACUUUUGGCUUACAUCGUAAUGGGGCUGGUCACCGCUGGCGUAUCGUACACAACGGGGGAGAUCACGUCCUUCAUGCCAUCAACUGGUGGUUUCAUUCGACAUGCGACCAAGUUUGUUGAGCCAGCACUCGGUGCAGCUACUGGCUGGAACUUUUGGUACACCAUGUCGAUUUCUGUUCCUGCAGAGAUUAGUGCCGCUGCAACUUUGAUCCAGUUCUGGAAUACAUCAGUGAACCCCGGAGUUUGGAUCACGAUAUUCCUGAUUUUCAUCAUUAUAGUCAACUUCUGCGGCGUCCGGCUCUACGGUGAAACCGAAGUGGUUUUUGCUUCUCUAAAGAUCAUGACAAUUAUCGGCCUCAUCAUCGGCGGCCUGGUCAUAGAUCUCGGCGGCGGACCCAACGGCGACCGCAUAGGCUUCCGAUACUGGCAGGACCCAGGGGCUUUCAACAACUACCUUGUCACAGGAUCAGCUGGCAACUUUCUGGCUUUCUGGAAAGUCUUGCUCUCCGCAGCUUUCAGCUACGGCAAUAUCCAAGUCGUUGCCAUCUCGGGUUCUGAGACUCGGCAGCCGAGGAAGAUCAUCCCGGCAGCUACGAGGAAGACUUUCUUCCGGGUGUUCUUCUUCUACGUUCUUAGCAUCCUGAUCGUGGGAAUGAUCGUGCCAUCCAAUGACCCAUCUCUGAGCAUCUCAACAGGGACCGCCCAACAGUCACCCUUCGUCAUCGCCUUCACCCGAUCCGGUGUCUCGGUGUUGCCGUCCAUCAUUAACGCCGUGGUCUGCACCUCUGCCAUCAGCAGCGGAUCCGCCUGUGUCUUCAUCGCGUCUCGAACCCUCUAUGGUCUCAGCUGCGAUGGCCACGCCCCAAGGAUCCUUCAGCGCUGCAACAGGUUCGGAACACCUCACUACGCGGUGGGGUUGACUUGUGUCCUCAUGCCGCUUGUCUAUCUUAAUGUUGCCAACAACACCUCUGUUGUCUUUGGCUGGUUUGUCAAUAUUACGACAGUGGCCGGACUGAUUGGUUGGAUAGUGAUUGAGAUCACGUAUCUUCGCUUCUUUGCCGGGCUCAAGGCACAAGGCUACUCUAGGAAUGAGCUUCCAUACAAGGUUCCUGGCCAACCCUACAUAUCGUGGGCAACCCUUAUUAUUGUUGUUCUCGUUGUGUUCUUUUCAGGCUUCGACGUCUUCACUACUGGGAACUUCACUGCCUCGGGAUUCCUGACAUGCUAUCUCAACGUCUUCAUCUUUGCGAUCCUCUACAUUUUCUUCAAGUUCUACCUCAAAUCUCGAGUAAUCCCGGUAGGUGAAAUAGACUUUGAAACAGAAUUUGCGUCAAUCCGACACGAGAAGGCACAAGAGGAUAUGUACGGACAUGAGAAAUCGGGUUUCAAGCAAUCCAUUCGUAGAAUAAUCCACGCUGUGUAGAUAAAAGACUGGGACCGGAAAUGAGACGAGCAGUUAGUAGACCUUACGAUCGAUGAAAAGCGAAUCUACCGCGGUAAUCAAUGAU